GAGGCCGCUCGACUGAACUCUUCACCGGCCGCUCAUCGCUACGUGUCCUCCUCUCCUCCCCCGGCGGCUACGUUAAAUCCCGCUCCCCGCUUCCCGUCCAGCCCCCAGGAACAGGCAGCGACUGUCCCGUCAGACAUGGGGGAAAUCAUCCUACCACGGCGCAUGUUCCUCUGGUGCAUGGCGGUCAUUUACCUGGCUGCCUUUGUGUCCCUGUACGUGCAGAUGCCAGGUCUCUAUGGUAAUGAAGGGCUGUUGCCUGCUCGUUGGCAGCUGCGAUACAGCGGUAAGCCUCUGGGGGAACAGCUGCUGUCCUCUCCCACCCUGCUGUGGCUGGGACCUCGGCUCGGCUUGGACACGCACACCGCUAUGGAGCUGCUGUGUCUUAUAGGGGCUGCACUGAGCCUCGGUGCUAUGCUAUUUGAGGCUCUCCGAGACAGCGUGGUAUUUUUAUGCCUCUGGGUUUUGUACCUGUCCAUGUACCAGGUGGGCCAGGUAUUUCUCUACUUCCAGUGGGACAACUUGCUUCUGGAGACGGGUUUUCUCUGUAUCCUCGUUGCUCCACUGACAAUCAUCAGAGGGUCACGAGGGGUCAGAGAGCACGAUCGUGUGACCUUCUGGCUGACCCGCUGGUUGCUCUUCAGGCUCAUGUUUGCCUCUGGUGUGGUGAAACUCACGUCACGUUGUCCCACAUGGUGGGGCCUUACAGCUCUGACCUACCACUAUGAGACUCAGUGUAUCCCCACCUGGCUGGCCUGGUUUGCCCACCAGUUGCCCGUGUGGUGGCAGAAGUUGAGUGUGAUGGCAACCUUCGUCAUAGAGAUUGCUGCACCCCCGCUUUUCUUCAGCCCUCUGCGCAGACUCCGGCUCGGGGCUUUUUACAUGCAGGUGUUCCUUCAAGUGCUCAUCAUUUUGACUGGCAACUACAAUUUUUUCAACCUACUGACUGUGGCCCUCUGCCUGUCGCUUCUGGAUGACCAGCAUGUACACUUCUGGCUACGCAAGGCGGAAAAGAUCACUAACAAUGACUCCAAGCUGUGGACGUGGCUGUGUUAUCUGCUGGAGCUGGCAGUCUGGGCUCUCAUGAUCUUCGGUGCAAUUGUGUUCUUUGAUCUGCAGGUGGAUACAACAAAGAAACUCGUCAACUCCAGAAUAGCAUUCACAUACCACCAGUUUAACCAGUUUCUGAAGACUGUCACUAUUCCCUGUGUUUGGAUCGGUGUCCUCUCUCUCACCUGGGAGAUUGUCACAUCCAUGUUCAGGUGUGCGUGUGUCUCUGGUUUCCUGAAGAGGCUUUGUGGAACUGUCCAGUGGACUGUGUUUGCCGCUGCCACCGCUGCUAUGUUCACCAUCAGUCUGGUGCCGUUUACCUACAUAGAGUUUGACUCUAACGCUAGGUUGUGGCCAGGAGUGCGUCAGGCCUACGAUCUGGUGGAUCGCUACCAGCUCGUCAACUCAUAUGGCCUGUUCAGGAGAAUGACUGGGGUCAGCGGGCGGCCAGAGGUUGUCAUCGAGGGAAGCAACGAUGGCGUGUCGUGGACGGAGAUUGAGUUUAUGUAUAAACCAGGUAAUCUAAGUGCACCUCCUCCCGUGUUGACACCCCACCAGCCCAGGUUGGAUUGGCAAAUGUGGUUUGCUGCCCUGGGGCCUCAUACACAGUCUCCAUGGUUCACCAGCCUCAUGCACAGACUGCUGCAGGGCAAAAGAGAUGUGAUAGAGUUGAUCCAGACAGAUGUAUCUCAGUAUCCGUUUCACGAGCAACCUCCAGCGUACCUGCGAGCCCACCGCUACAGAUACUGGUUUACUGAACCAAAGGCUGACGGUUCUUACCCGCAGCGUUGGUGGAGGAGGGUCUAUGAUGAGGAAUUCUAUCCCACAGUGCACCUGGGCAACACCUUCCUGGACAGCAUGAUCACCCAGUAUGGACUUAAGGACAAAUCGCCCGCACGAUUGUCUAACAAGCCUCUUGCUCAGGCGGUCAGGUGGGUUCGCUCUCAGGUGAGAGGUGUUCCUGCCCACAUACUAAUCUGGACCCUCAUGGGUUGUGGCGUCAUGUUCUGUCUGCUCCAGGGAUUGCAAAGCAGAAAAAAAUGCACAACUGUGAGUGAUCAUGCAGAAAAUGUACCUGAUGGCUCUUCAGACCAUUGUGGGAAGUCAGGUGAACAUCAGGCAGCGAAGGAGGUGGAGGAGGAAGAUGGGGAGGGCAGUGAAGAUGAAGUGGAGCAGGGCGAGGGAGAGGAGAAAGACACUGUUGGUGAUGACAAAGAGGAUGAGGCACAAGAUGAUGAGGAUGAGGAUGAUGAUGAGGAUGAAAGAGAAGAGGAAGACGAAAAAACUGAGAUUGUCCGAAAGAGAAGGCCUUAAAUAAGAUGCAGGAAAAACCAUAGUGGACUGUCACCACCUGCCUUUUGUAAAUUGUUACCAAAAUGACCAAAAAUGUUGUUUGUAAUGUUUGUAUUUCCUGAUCAGCUGUUCAUGGAAAAAAAUAUCUCUUAUUUGCCUUCUCCAACCUUCCACCCCUGGUUGGUUCCAACUUAUGUCGAAACAUUCAAUGUGAAAUCCAGUCACCAGAUCAAAUCGUGUUGAACAGAAGUAAAGAGAAGUAUGGAAUAUAAAAAUAUACGGUGGGUUCUGUUUCUCCCAUCAAGAGAAUAAAUAUGUGGUGUUCAUAGUACUCUUCUCUUCUUUGUGGUGUUUGUUGUUGCACUUUUAUAUUUGUCACUGUGGUCUCUUACUGUAUGUAUAGAACUAAAAUCUGCACUUUUGCCUUUGAGUUUCUGUCUUUUGUUUCCAUUAGCAAGGAACCAUCAAACAAUCAGUGUGGUGCUUUUAAAAUGUCUUUUUAUAUCAUAUUAAAAUACAGAAAAAUA